AUGUUCUCCGGAUCCAUCUUCCCCCACUGGCGUCGUAAGGCGGCACAGCGGUCCAACAAUUUCAGCAGCUCGUAUGAAGUCCCGUUCUUCAUGAACGCAGCCUACUAUGCGAAUUGGAGGAUCUAUCGGAAACAGCCUCCCUCGUCCUUGAGAUUGGGAUUCAUCUCUCACAUCUUCUAUGCAUUUGCUUGGGUCAAAGAAGACGGCACAGUUUAUGUGAAUCCCCAAACCGGACUUGAUAUUUCUUCUUCUGUCCUUCAUUGCUUCUCUCUUCUUUCCAUCAUUUAUUCUUACCCCGCUGACGAAUUGUUUAUGCAGUUGAGCGAUGAAUGGGCCGACUCUCAGAUGCCUGUCGACGGCACCAAUGGCUGCCUCCGUGCAUUCACCCAACUCAAAGCACAAUAUUCGAAGAUGAAGGUCAUCCUCUCAGUCGGAGGAGGAGGCAAGGGAAGCGAGAAUUUUGCCGCUGUAGCUCGGAGUCAAACCCGUCUGGAGACUUUUGUACGGACCGCGAAGGGGCUCGUAGAUGAGUUCGGACUCGAUGGGAUUGACAUCGAUUGGGAGCACCCUUCAAGCCCCGCCGAGGGUUCAGACUAUGUCCGUCUUCUUGCCCGGUUGCGUGACGUACUACCCUCACCGCGCUAUGUACUAGCCACAUGCCUUCCAGCUGGUGAAUGGGCCCUGCGAAAUAUAGAUCUGUGCAAGGCGCAGAACUAUGUCGACCUGAUCAACAUUAUGGCCUAUGAUUUCUCCGGACCGUGGACCAACGAAACAGGACACCAGUCACAGCUGUAUAGCCCAUCUCGAGAACCAACAGGGGCCAUCUCGUGUCAGUCGGCCAUCGCGUACGUAACCGCGCAAGGCGUCAACCCCAAGAAGGUUCUACUCGGGAUCCCGGCGUACGGUCGCUCUUUCCUAGGCAGUAAUCACAUCGGUCAGCGUUACAGUGGUUGUGGAGGGGAGGAUGGUGUCUUCGACUACUGCGACCUACCACGGCCCGGCGCGAAAGAGUAUUACGAUGAAAAGUCGGGCGCUGCCUGGUGCGUUGGCGGCGAUGGCGGUUUUGUCACAUACGACACCCCGGAGACGGUGCAACAGAAGGCCAAAUUUGCGACCAAGGCGAAACUGGGAGGCCUAUUUUAUUGGCACAUCGGAGGGGAUGCAAGAGGACCCCGUAGCCUGAUCGAGACAGGGUAUAAGACCUUGCAUGAUAUGUGA